AGUUUAUUAUUUUGAUAGUGUUAUAUGUUUAUUUAAAACAAAACUGAAAUAUUGACGAAUGAAACGCUGGACUCAGUUUCAUUGGCAGCUACAUGGUUUAGGACAAACGUCAUCAGCCAGAGGAGGUAAAGAAGCAAAUGAAAGCUUUCAGCAUAGUUCUGGGACCAUUGCUGAACAAAAACACGCGUCAGUGAAAUCAUGUGACCAGUUUCCUCCCUUCUGUCAGAAUAUAAAACUCUGAAUGCUGAUUCUCUUCACUCUUCCUGCCUUCAUAGCCUCACUGAGCAUUGUCUAGAGCAGGUGUGUGGUUGUCUCCACAGGAGUGAACUUUAAGACUUCACCAUGCAAAACAUUAAAUCUCCAAGCAAAGUUAGUGACUCAAAGUGUCCACCUUCAUCUCCUACCUCACCGGCUCGUGCACCUGCUCCUCUGCCUCGAACUAAACUGAGAGCAGAACCCUCCUCUCUAGACAUCAGCAGUGCAGCAGUGAGGACUUCCACUCUGGACACCUUGAUCUCCAAAAGUGCUCUGAUCCAAUCAGGAAAUCCAUCUGUUUACCAGCUGAGGCCAAAAAAGGAAAAAUCUGCAAAGCUGACAAAACUGACAGUUGGUGAAAAAGAUGGAUGCAAGAGACAUAAAACAAUCCUAUUGGUUGGUGAAACAGGAGCAGGAAAAUCCACUUUCAUCAAUGCGCUGGUCAAUUUCACCAUGGGAGUGAAGUUUCAGGAUGAGGUUUGGUUUCAAAUCGUGGAGGAGGCGGACCAUGAAACAUCUGAAGUGAUUGUCUAUGAAAUAUUUGGUUUUGAAGGUAAGGCCAUACCCUACUCUCUGAGCAUUAUCGAUACUCCAGGAUUUGGAAGCACCAGAGGGAUAGAACAUGAUGUUAACAUCAGUCAGCGAUUAUUCGACUUGUUUCAAUCAAUGGAUGGUGUUCAUGCAAUUCAUGGAGUGGGUCUGGUAAUGAAAGCGAGCGAUAAUCGUCUCAGUGACCGACUGAUGUAUAUCUUGAAUUCCAUCAUGUCGCUGUUUGGAAAAAACAUAGAAGACAACAUCGUAGCUCUCAUCACUCACUCAAAUGGAAGAACACCAAACAAUGUCCUUAAAGCUCUUGAAGUUUCAACCAUUAAGUGUGCCAAAGACGAGAAGAAGCGGCCUGUCUACUUCCUGUUUAAUAACUGUCAGAGCGAAGACCGGAACGAAGCAGCAGAAUACCUGGAAGGGGCCAAUAAGAUAACAGAGAAAGGACUGACAGAGUUCACUGCCUUUCUGGAAAAGGCGCGACCUCAAAAUGUCAAGGCAACUGUUGUUGUUAUAAAGGAACGCAGUGAACUGACAGCCUGCAUUCAAAAUCUGCAGCAAAGAAUAAUUGAAACCGAACAAAAACAGGAGCAAAUCAGACAGAUUCAACAUGACCUGAUUAAAUAUAAAGAAGAGAUGAAAAAGAAUGAACAUUUUACUAUAGAAAUAGAGGAGUCCUACAAAGUCAAAGAACCUCUAAAUGCCGAAAACUGGUUUAAAGGUGGUUCUUUUGAAGGAGCUAUGUGCUGUACUCGCUGUGAGGAGAACUGUCACUAUCCUGGAUGCAUACUGGCCCCAAGUCCUGCCUUCUGUGAUGUCAUCAAAGGAGGUCACUGCAUCGUUUGUAGUGGGAAGUGUCCCACAUCUGAUCAUGUGAAAGAAAAUUGGAGAUAUGUGACCAAAACAAGAAAAGUAAAGAUGACUCUGAAAGAAAUAAAGCAAAAAUAUGAAAACAGUAAAACUGAAAGAGAGAAAAACUUGAGUUACUUAGAAGGUCUGGAGACAAAAAUAAAACAUUUGACUGCAAAGAAAUAUGAGCUGCUGGAUGAGUCCUACAAGCAUGUUGUCAAACUAGAAAAAACUGCUCUGAAAGUUGAUUCAGCGUCUACUUUAGUCCACCUGGACUUUCUGAUUGAGAAGAUGAAAGAGAAAGGAGACAAGAAAGUCCAGAAACUGGAACGAAUUAAAAGAAACAUGGAUGAGGGAAGCAGAGCAGCUUUACAAUACCAGCAUUUUGCAGAGAAUCAGAUGUAG